AUGGCCACCGUAGUGAGCGGAAAUUUUCAACAGGACUUCAUCAUCGCUAUCACAGUCGGGAUCAUAGUGACCGUGGUCGUCCUGACACUGUUGUGCGUCCUCGCACAGUGCGGCCCACGCAUGUGUGGCCGUAUCGACAGCAAGGAGCGCUGGUUUUCGCCGUCCGUUGAGGAGGGUCAUCAGCACGAGUUGCCGUUAAUACAGACGGACGUCUACAAGCUGCGCCGAAUCGUCUCCGAGAAGGACGAUUUACAGAGCGACGAUACGUGA